UCAAGAAAGAAUGGCAUCACCCUCCCAAGAUCUUCUUGAUGCUCAAACUCAUGUUUGGAACCACAUGUACAACUACAUAAACAGCUUGUCCCUAAGAUCUGCGCUUCAGCUACGGAUACCCGAUGUUAUCCACAGACACGGCAAGCCUAUGACGCUCUCUCAGCUGGCCAACGCCCUCUGCAUCAACACAGCAAAAUCCAAUGCCCUCUAUCGCCUCAUGCGAAUUCUAGUCCACUCCAAGUUCUUCGACAAGGUGAACAUCUCCGACCAAGAGGAGCCAGAAGAAGCUUAUUCUCUCACCGUGGCUUCACGUCUCUUGAUAGAAGAUGAUCCACUGAGCCUGGCUCCUUUUGCACUUCUCGCCACCAACCCGGCCUGGAUUGACACGUUCCAUCAUAUGAGUGAAUGGUUUCAUGACGAAUAUCCCACUGCGUUCUUCACCAAAAAUCAGAUGGAUCAAUGGGAGUUUGCAGCCAAAGAUGAGAAAUGGAAUCAAGGGUUUAAUGAGGCCAUGGCUUCUGAUGCACGCUUCGUGAGCAGCAUACUUAUUGAAGAAUACAAGCAUGUUUUUGAAGGGUUCAAGACGAUGGUGGAUGUCGGAGGUGGCACAGGAGGGGUGUCCAAGGCGUUGGCCGGGGCAUUUUCCGGGUUAAAAUGCAUCGUUCUCGACCAGCCACAUGUCGUUGGUAGCAUGGAAGGCUCUGAGAAUGUGAGGUUUGUCAGUGGAGACAUGUUUGACUUCAUUCCUCCUGCUGAUGCAGUUUUCCUCAAGUGGAUAAUACACGAUUGGGGCGACGAAGAUUGCAUCAAACUACUGAGAAAAUGCAAAGAAGCAAUAGUUCACAGCAAAAUUAAUGGUAAAAAAGUGAUUAUUGUGGACAUGGUUGUGGAUGAGGAGAAGCAAGCUCAUGAGGCAACUGAAACUCAACUGUUCAUGGAUGUGGUUAUGAUGGCUAAUUUUACUGGAAAAGAAAGAACUGAGAAAGAAUGGGCUAAUCUCUUUUCUGCUGCUGGCUUCAAAAAUUAUAAAAUCACUCCUACUUUAGGAGUCAGGUCUAUAAUUGAGGUGUUUCCGUGAUUGUUCACCUUGUCAUCUAAAAUUAUAUACUCUUAUGUAUAUAAAUAAAGUUACAUCUCGACGACGCAUGCCACGCCCAAGUUCGCCUAGCUAACUCCCAAGCCACAGCUCAUGCCCCAAAAGUAGGAUGGCCACAUAUCUCAAAGAUUAUAUCUGAAGUCCUUUGUAGAUUAGGAUAUACUAGUCUUUUAUAUACUCCACUUAUUACUUCCUUGUCCUGUUCAGAGUCGAGCAUAUCAUAAGCUCCAGGUUGGGUUUUCUUUGUCGGUUCUUUCCCAUUACCUUUUAAGAAUGAAUUUAGUUAAAUCUUA